AUGUAUAUCAAACUACCCGCUUUACUUUCGUCCGUGCUGCUAUUGGGUGCUCCUCCCCUGGCGAGCUCAAAGCCUACUACGUCGUCAGACCCAUUUCAACCUUAUGUUAUUUCCGCGAAGAACAUUCAAGCAACAUUAAUUCCGUAUGGUGCCACCCUAACUUCACUUCUAGUCAACGACCGCGAUGGCAAGCAACAGGAUGUUGUCGUCGGUUACGAUGACCCGAAACAAUAUAAAAUCGACACUGAGACCAACCAUACGUAUUUUGGCUGCAUCGUAGGGAGAUACGCCAACAGAAUCAAAAACGGCUCCUUUGAGCUCGACGGUGUUAAAUACGACAUCACAAAGAAUGAAAACCAUGACACCCAGACACUCCAUGGAGGUGUUAUCGGAUAUGAUCAGCGCCCUUGGACGGUGGUAAAUCACACUGAAAACUCUAUCACCUUCAGUCUCCUCGACACCGGCUUUGAAGGUUUCCCAGGUGAAGUUAUCACAUAUGCCACCCUCAGUGUUCGUUCUUCAUGCACUAAAGACGACACAAAAUGCGAAACCAAACUGACCGCAAAAACCGUAUCACUUGCCUUAACGGAGGAGACGCCCAUCAUGUUGUCACACCAUAUUUACUGGAACCUAAAUGGGUUUAAGAAGCCUAACGUGUUGGAGGAUACUACCUUGCAGCUGCCGCUGUCAAAAAGAUUUAUAAAAAUCGAUUCCGCCGCAAUACCAACAGGCGAACUCUCGGAUACCGCAACGGCAUUUGGCGGUGCCCUCGACUUCACCCAGCCCAAGCUCAUUGGCAAAGACAUCGCCUCGGCUAAGAAUUGUGGUGCCAAUUGUACAGGUUAUGACAACGCAUUCAUCAUUGACCGCCCCAAUAGUGAAUCAGACUGGACCUCGUCUCCGGAAACUAUGGCUGUCGUUCUGAGGAUGGCGUCCCGCACCACUGGGAUCAGCAUGCAAGUCACUACGAACCAAAAGGCUGUUCAAAUCUAUAGCUGCAAUAAUCAGAACGGGACUAUCCCUGUCAAGAAAUCUCAGACCAACCGGAAUAAAAUGGAAGGUGGUUACGAGUAUGUGGAUGUUAUCAACAAAUAUGGCUGUAUCGUCAUCGAGACUGAGGGCUGGAUUGACGGUAUCAGCAACCCAGAAUGGGGCCAGAAUCCAUACCAGAUCUAUUCCCCAGAGACCGGACCAGCCGUGAACUGGGCUACAUUCACUUUUGGAAAUAUUUAA